UUCCAGAAGGGGCAAUCCAGACUGCACGCCAUCCCGGUCUCUCAUCUCUCGUUCACGUCGGAAGGAAGGUUGUGGACGCGGCGUAGGUCGGGUAGUUGCACGGCUGAUGCCUUAAGCCUACGCCCCGAACCAGGACUGGGCAGGGAACCCCUGCGUCGUCAUCCCGCCUCGCUGAAGUCUGCGUCUCCAGGCUGAGAGUUACACGAAUACGCGUUAAUGCAUGGCGUAAUGUCCGUACACUAAGGCGUCCCACCAAUGCCCGUACAGGCUGCCAGCACAGGCUCCUCUCGUUGGUUUCAUCGCUUCCAAAAGACUCCCAGCGGAAUCACCGAGUCAUCAACGUGGGAUCGGGAUGGCCAGGCAUGGCGGAUCAGGGAUUGUCUGCCUGUGGUGAGGGGCGAGAAGGUCCUGCCACCGACUUGUUCCCCCCUAUCAGCGGACGUGAGACGCCACUCCGAGCCACGAACAGCACUGAUAUCUCUGCGUAUAACGCUCUGCCCUGCCACUUCUGCCCGCCUCCAUACUCAGCGUCCAUCAUCUAUUCUCCAUUCUCCAACAUGGAAUUCAAGUUCCGUGCUUAGGGCGCCCAGUCGAUCCAGAAGCACUACAAGGAAAAAGAGUCAAGGUACUUGCUUGCAGAGAAAUGUCCAAAAAGUUCAGGACUGUUCCAGGAACGCCUCAAUUUUUCCCGUGGUACGUACCUCCCUGCCAUCGCAGGACUGCAACGCUCAAGCUGUGAGUCGGGCUUACAAUGUGGAUGCAAUCUCCCCGCCUGCCAACGAAUCCUUCUCGAUCGGCACAGCUCUGAACAUGGCCAGCCCCCGUGACCUGUCAGUAACCACGAGGUCCAUCGGCGUCGAAAGACACGACAUUGUUCCUAUCUCUGAGUCCUUCAAUUGGGGCGUCGGCACUGCCAACGGAUGUAUGGCCGCGGAUCCACGGCUUCAUACCUUUUCCAACCAACCCGAAGCGGGCGACAUGGAUGGAUGGUCUUUUGAGCACGCCCACAAAGCUUAUUAAUACCCUGGCGAUGCCCAUAACAGACCAGGACUAGCUUGCCUCCCGUCGACAGUCAGUGUUGGGGCAGCGAAUGGAUUGGCCAGGCCAACAGCGCCGGCACAGUAUCCCGACAAUGAUAACAUCGCUAUA